UAAUUUUAGGGGGCGAUGAGUUAUUUUCGGGUGUUGAGUGGCUGAGAGGGAUACUACAUGGUGGAUAUCCUGUGUGAAGUUUGCGACAGGUUUGUUUUCAUGAAGGAUAUGCUAAUGGCAACUCGCUUUGCUAGUCUGGCUGGCACGCUAUGUGAACCAAACAGCAACUUCUUAAUCUACUAUUACCUUCGUCAUCAUAAUAUUUUCCCGAGUUUGUGAUUAAUGAGUGAGUUUCUUUAUGAAUGGGUGGCCAUCGAUGCAUAAAUGAAGUGUCUACGAGAGUCUGAGUUGACAUAGUCCAAUGCGUUGAUGAUGAUCGUAAUGAUGGUAUAUCUUCGGCAGUGUCACAUCAUCAGAGAAUCUCCAGUGAUUCAUGAAUGAUAACACCCCUGGGCGAUUCUCUUUCCUCGGCCAGAUCUAUCGGGGGACUCGCAGAGAACCUAGUCUUUGUUAUCCUAGUGCCUAUUUAUAAUAUUUAUAUUAGCCCGAGAGCCGACGACGACGAAAUUCUCACUUCUGUAUCUAAACAAUGACAUCCUGCGCCUCGAGUUUUGUUUUCAGAACAAAUCGCUGAGAGGAUAUUUUGAAAACAAGAGGACAGAGUUUCACCCGGAUGGAAUUGGAAACGCCGAUACGACAAGGAACAACAACGAAGAUCAUGCCGACUUUAUUAACAAAGGGAGAUAAGAAGACGAGCAAAUCGCCGAUGUUGCAGAUACCCGUGGCGAUGGCGGUGCCCGUUGCCGAGACGGACUCUUUUGUUGAUGUGGUGGUGUUGCGAGACAAGGCGAACCGGGCGCCGCGUAAGAACCGAGUGGUGAUGUGCGAACGCUGUAGGCAGGAGAAGCUGAGUAGGAAGUUGCAGAAGCAGCGAGAGCCUUGUAAAGAAAACUUUCCAGACAGUAUACAGUCAAGACCUCUUCCCAGCACCCCAUCUCACGGCCCUGUAGACCUCACAAGAUGGAACUCCUCAGAGGAAUUAAACGUUCAAGAUGAGUUUGACCCUGACGUCUUCGUUGUGCUCUAUGACUUCAGCGGAAGCGGUGAAAAUCAACUCAAUGUUCGAAAAGGUGAACAUGUCCGCAUCAUCACAUACAACAAGAACGGGGAAUGGUGUGAAGCGAAGAAGGUCGUCGACAGCUCCAAGGUGGGCUGGGUACCGUCCAGCUACGUCACCACCGUCAACAGCCUUGAGAAACAUUCCUGGUAUCAUGGGCCUAUUUCCCGUACCGCGGCGGAAUAUCUCCUCAGCAGCGGCAUCGAUGGGAGCUUCUUGGUUCGGGAUAGCGAAAGUAGUCCCGGGCAGCUGUCAAUAUCGUUACGCUUUGCGGGGAGGGUGUACCAUUACCGAAUUAACCACUCCACAGACGGAAAGAUGGUGUACGUGACCAACGAGAGCCAGUUCUGCAGCGUGGCCGAGCUCGUCCACCACCACUGCAAGGACGCAGACGGCCUGAUCACCACGCUGCGCUUCCCCGCGGCCAAGAUGAACAAGCCGACCAUCUACGGCGUCUCACCGCAGCCGGACGAGUGGGAGAUCCAGAGGACUGACAUCUCAAUGAGGAAUAAGCUUGGAGGCGGACAGUACGGGGAGGUGUAUGAGGCCGUCUGGAAGAAACAUGGGAAGAUUGUCGCUGUUAAGACUGUUAGGGAGGAGAAUAUGAGAGUGGAGGAGUUCUUAAGAGAAGCCGGUGUGAUGAAGACUAUCAAACAUCCUAACCUGGUCCAACUCUUAGGCGUUUGUACAAGAGAGCCCCCAUUUUACAUCAUCACUGAGUUCAUGCCCCAUGGUAAUCUCCUAGAGUAUCUACGAGAGAAUGAUGACAACACACUGCCGGCCGUCACGCUGCUGUACAUGGCAUCACAGGUAGCUUCUGCAAUGUGCUACCUGGAGUCCAAGAAUUUCAUCCACAGGGAUUUAGCAGCAAGGAAUUGUCUACUGAGUGAUAACCAUCUUGUGAAGGUGGCCGACUUUGGACUGGCUCGGAUCGUGACGGGAGAGAUCUACACGGCCCAGGCGGGGGCCAAGUUCCCCAUCAAGUGGACUGCCCCGGAGAGUCUCGCUUACAAUAAGUUUUCAAACAAGUCUGAUAUUUGGGCGUUUGGCAUUCUACUCUGGGAGAUCGCCACCUAUGGCAGCUCACCCUACCCAGGCCUCGAACUCCAGCACGUCUACGAGAAACUAGAGCGGGGCUACCGUAUGGAGCGUCCCGAAGGCUGCCCCGCCGACGUCUACAAGCUCAUGCUCAAGUGCUGGGAGUGGAAAGCGACGGACCGACCCAACUUCAUCGGGAUACAAGAGGAAAUGAAUAACAUGUUCCAGAACUCCAGCAUCGCCGAGGAGGUUGAGAAGUCACUGCAUCGACGCCGGGAGCCACCGAUGCUGCCGGCAAAGCAGAGGAGCAGCCGGAAGGGGAGCGGUGAUCCCAAUCAUCACGGGAGGGGAGGGAAAGACGGAGGAGGAGGAGCACCUAGCGAUAGCUCCAAGCAAAGACAAAGCCCUCCAAACUCCCCCGAACCUAGCCGCAAGAAGCUUCCCUUCAAAAUUCCACAUCUGCCCAAGAAGAAGACCGAGCGUUCCAAACAGGAUCACCAUCACCAACCCCAACCCCCCGAGCGACAAAUCAGCUCCUCCGCCGAGGACGACACCAACACACGAGGGCAGCGCAACAUUCAUCAAGACAUCCCCGAGAAGCCAAAGAGGGGCUCGCCGCUCCACCACCGCCAGGAGAAUGGUACAGCGAUGAAAUUUCAGGAUUCCCUCCACCAGGAGCUGAAUUCUUGCCUUCAUAACUCCUCGUCGCCGCUGCAGACAAGCUCUGAGAGCAGUGAAAGCGGCGGCUCAGGACAGAGCGGGAGAGUCGCUCUAAGACCGCCCGUGCGAAACGGGCAAAAGACAAAACUCAGGAAAGACAGAGAGCGCAAGAAGAGUGCUGAGGAGGUACUUACGGAGGAGCAUCAGGAGGUACCUUUCCCAAUUCCUCGCACCUCCUCGUCGCCGAGUUUCGAACAGAAACCAAAGAGAACAGAAGCACUGCCUGAGGUUAAGGAAGGGCGGACGGUGGGUCGCCAAGCCCUCAAACCGCCCCCUAAACUGGACAUCAAACACAGAGAAACAAAUCAACAGUCAGAUAAUUCCAAGGAGCAGUUAAUUAAGACAAAAUCACUGCCUUCUACUAAGAAAAUCUCACUUCCACCCCCAACGAGUCCCUUACUGAGCCCGGAGAUCGACAGCCCCCCUGGAACUUUACCAAACUAUGGAACGAAAACCCGGGAUAAGGUGCGUCUAGCUCGGCCCUCUGUGCCCCCUCCAGCACCCCCUAUUGAGAGGGUAACAUCACCGACACGUGACUUUUCGUCGGGAUCAAGCCCGAGCCCUACAGGCUCGCCAAGCAAAUCCUCUCUGCAGACCACCGGAAAGCCUGCCCCAGUAUCAGGCAAGCCUCAAAUCAUUGGACCUAAACCAAUCCUAAGCCCUAAACCAGACCUAACCAGCCCCAAGUUUCAGCUGCCCACCCCUCCGAAACCUCAGAAGCGUACUUCGAUACCCAACAAGCCCUUUCCACAAUCGGACCUUCAAAGUGCCAACGGACAAAUCACGAAGGGGUCCAUACUUCAGUUAUCAGAGACACUGGGCUUGAAAGCCACCUCAAUAUAUGAUAACAGGGACUUUAGUAGGUGUAGCGACUUGUGCGCCGAACUGGAGGUUCUUUACAGCUCCUGCAUCAAAUACUUGGAAUCGUUACCUGUUCGGACUCGCUUCUCGGUAAGGGAGCACCUCAGCCAAUUGGACACUCACGUUCAGAACUUGAAAAUCAAGACAACAACGGGGUCCGACGAUCAGCUCGGGUCGAUACUUGGUGAUGUUAGAAAACAGAUUGAGGAAAUAAGGGCCCUUAUUCAACGAUAGCUAAGGCGGGAAGGGGAUAGCGCAUGUAUGAUAUGUGAAUAGAAAUACUGCUCUUUCAUAAACGAUGUCGUUUUAUCAUGUAUGUCAUUUUCAAUUGCACAAUUUUCAAGUAUUCUGAACCUUGCUCAUGCUUGCUCUAUGUUGGUUUGUGGGAUUUGGUGAACAGGGGCAGAUUUGUACGCUUAGCAAAUCAAGAUUUGCUGAGCAGAUUAAGAUUUGCUAAACAGAUUGAGAUUUGCUUAGCAGAUACAGGUUACCAGACAAAAUGUUUGCAGGGAUCGGUAAGCAGGGACAGAUUUGUGUGCUUAGCAAAUUAGGAAUUGCUGACCAGAUUGAGCAUUGCUGAGUAGAUGAAGAAUUGCUUCGCAGGUUAAAAUAUGCUAGGCAGUUACAGGUUACCAGCCAAAAUGCCUCAGAAUUGGAUUGUUUAAGACUGGUCCUGACUGAUAGUGAGAAUGUGCACAGCCAUCAUUGAUGUGUAGGCUGGAUACCAAACCCAAGAUGGCUGCCGUUGUAGUCGACACUGAGUCUUCAAUCUGCCUUUGUUCUUAACUCAGUGUUGUUUUUGUUACCACAAACCAAAGUAGUGCAAGCGUAAGUAUUAUGUAUUUCUCAAAAAGCUCCUCCACUUCCGAGGUCCUCCUUUCAGCAACAAAAGACGAGAAAACAAAAAUUGGUUAUAUUUCAAACAACGACUCUCGUAUCUCCACAAAAUGUAUGAAUAUAUAUAUGUAUAUGUCAUGUGCUGUAUUUGUAUAUGUAUUGUAACGACGGAUAAGCCUGCCUUGUAUUAUAAAUAUUAAAGAAACUGUUGGUCUGACUUAUACGACACAUAAGCCUUAAAGAGAAAUCGUAGUUUCUAAAACCCUUCUGAAGAAAAUCAGAUCUUUAACUAUCAGCUUCGUCGUGUGUGUUUUAUUUUUAAAAAGAAUCGUAGAAGGAGAAGUUCUUCAUGUUUUUAAGAUGAAAUCAGAAUUUUUUUUAAGGGGUGCAAGUGCAGGUGCUUGCCUCUACACUUCUUUAUCUUGAUGGAGAAGUGCGAAAAAAAGCACUCUGUAAAAUUUUUGAACAAAUUUGAAAGCACUGUGGGAUUUUUUUGUUUGUUUGAUCAUGUAACCAAAGUUACAAUCCACCAAUCGAACCCUGCAAUCUAGCAAUGAAUCAACAGAAGUACAUGCAUGUAUAUUAUAUGUUUGUGCUUGAAUAAUUUUGUAUCUUCACCCUUUACACUCAAGUGUGGUUCUGAGACACUCUCGACAGUAUUUUUAAGGAGAUCAGUAGCAGCUUUCCUCACUUUCCUUGAGUCAUAUUUCUUAAGAUGAUCAACUGUCAAAUGGUAAUAAGGUUAAUAGUAAUAGUGGCGUCUUAUAUAGUGCUCGAUUCUGUCACCCCUUUCAACUCGCUCUAACAUUACUACCCCUGGUCACUGAGCCAUUUAUUUCAUUCGUAAAACAGUCUGAACUCCCUGGACUGCUAAAUAUGUAGCACACCCAGCUAAAUCAACCACAAGAAACAAAUCUGCCGUCACAGAUACCCAUUUUUACCCCUAGGUGAAGAGCAGCAAUUAUGGUAAAGCAUCUUGCUCAAGGGCAGAAGUGCCAUGACCGGGAUUCGAACCCACACCCUGACGACUCAGCCACAAGAACUUGUGUCCGACGCUCUGAAACUGCUCGGCAACGACACGUUAAGAAAGUGUUGGUAAAAUUACCCUACUUAGGCAAUACUAAACUCAAGCUUCUACGCUUAGAUCUUUACUUUCCAACCAUGGAUUUGAAGCAGUAAAUUGAUUCCAGGGUCUCUUAAUGACCGCCUGUGAGAAAAAAAAUUAGCAAUCUUAUAGAAAAUAAA